CGGGGCGUGGCGCCUAAGUGAUUGGCGGGGCUGUCCGGAAUCGAUUGCUAAGACGAGGGCGCGCAGCGGCCUUCAGGUUUAGUCUCAGGUGCGCGGAAAGUGAAGCGACGUGAAGAUGGAGGUGGGCCAGGCGGCGUCUGGUACCGAUGGUGUCCGGGAGCGGAGGGGCUCGUCCGCAGCUAGAAGGAGGAGCCAAGAUGAGCCCGUUCAGUCGGGGAUGAACGGGAUUCCGAAACACUCCUACUGGCUGGAUCUCUGGCUCUUCAUCCUUUUCGACCUGGCGUUGUUCAUCUUCGUGUACCUCUUGCCCUGAUUGGUUUGCUGAGAGUCUAGAACACGGCUGGCUUCUGGAGUGAAUCCUGAAAACUACUAGACUUCUUGAAUGAAGAGGACUUCCAGGAGCUGAAUUCCAGACCUCCAGGCUUUCCUUCAGCCCUUGACCUCCCUAAAGUAGUACUAUAUGUUUAAAACCAUGAUUGUAGCUAAAUGAUAUAUAAUAUAUAUUUUUAAUAAUGCCUGUAAUUUAAGUACUUUAAGGAAAUUUAUGUAGCAUUUACUCAUCCAUCGGGUAUCCGGCCCCUUUCUAUUACCCAGGCAUCAGUUGGGACACAGCAGUGAACAUCAGCAAAAAAAAAAGUUAUCUUUGUGAAGCUUACUUUCUCAGAUAUUGUUUUAAAACUAUGCCAUUAUAAAAUAGUUAUCAUCUAGGGUUGAGUAGGUAGCAUUUAUGCAGAAAGGCUACAGUCCCAAAGCAGCUACCAUAAAUAUUUUGGAAGCUAUUCCUUUUCACCUUAAGAUCUGGGUAAUUAGAGUUUUUUAUACUGCUGGUUUCAGUACAUGAGAACUGCCUAAAAUAUUCAGAGGUGGUGUUCUUCUCCCUUAUAAUUCACAAUAUUUGGUAAACUGUUGACAGUUGUCUUAAGAUACUGUUGCAUUUGCUUGGAUAAUUUUUUGUGCAAAGUGUAACUGAAGUAUGUGUAUUAGAAUACAGGACUGGGGUGACACUGAGUUUACCACACUCUGGGACCCGAUUUGUACUGCUUACUAAUAUUCUCUAAUAAAUGUUUAAUCACUGAAUUUA